AUGAAGUGGCUUCUGCUUUUACUCGUUGUCUGCGGUGCAGUUCCUCUGCAAGAAGGAUUCACCACAAAUGUCUCUGCGAGACCCCAAGUUGUGAACAUUGGCUCGGUUUUCACAUUCAACUCUCUCAUCGGCAGAGUCAUCAAAGUUGCUAUGGAGACUGCUAUUGAAGACGUGAAUGCCAACCCCAGUGUUCUUAACAACACCAAACUCAGGAUCAUCAUGCAUGACACAAAAUUCAAUGGAUUCAUGAGCAUCAUGGAACCUCUGCGGUUCAUGGAGUCUGAGACAGUGGCUAUAAUUGGGCCCCAGAGAUCAUCCUCUGCCCGUGUAGUAUCUCACGUUGCAACAGAACUGAAGAUUCCUAUACUAUCCUUCACUGCCACAGACCCUACCAUGUCUCUUCUGCAGUUCCCUUACUUCAUCAGAACUUCACAAAAUGAUCUCUUUCAGAUGGCCGCCAUAGCAGACAUUGUUCACUUCUACGGUUGGCGAGAAGUCAUAGCAAUAUAUGGCGAUGAUGAUUAUGGGCAAAAUGGGGUAGCUGCCUUGGGAGACAAGUUAGCAGAGAAGCGUUGCAGAAUCUCAUACAAAGCAGCUUUGCCCCCAGAACCUACCAAAGAGAACAUUACUAACAUGCUGAUUAAGGUAGCUUUGAGUGAGUCACGGAUCAUUGUUGUUCACGCUUCUUUCAUCUGGGGACUAGAGGUGUUCAAUGUGGCUCAGUAUCUUGGUAUGAUGAGCACUGGUUACGUGUGGAUUGCUACCAACUGGCUUUCUACAAUCAUAGAUACAGACUUUCCUCUUCCCAUGGACACAAUGAAUAACAUUCAAGGGGUCAUUGCUCUGCGCCUGCACACUCCUAACUCUGUCAUGAAGAAGAACUUCGUUCAACGGUGGCGUAAAUUAACUCAUGUUGGACUGAGCACUUAUGGACUGUAUGCUUACGACACUGUUUGGCUUCUUGCUCACGCCAUUGAAGAUUUUUUCCAGAGAGGUGGAAACGUUUCCUUUUCAAGGAAUCCGAUUAUAUCUGAGCUUAGGGGUGGAAACUUGCACCUUGAUGCUCUGAAAGUCUUUGACGGAGGAAACAUGUUUCUUGAGAGCAUCUUACAGGUUGAUAGAAUCGGCUUAACCGGAAGGAUGAAGUUCACUAAAGACAGGAACCUUGUAAAUCCAGCAUUUGAUGUGCUUAAUGUCAUUGGCACUGGUUAUAGGACCAUAGGUUACUGGUGUAAUCAUCUAGGCUUGUCUGUGAUGCCUCCUGACGAGCAGCGGAACACAUCUUUUUCGGGACAGAAGCUUCACAGUGUUGUCUGGCCAGGACAGACGACACAAAAUCCCCGUGGAUGGGUGUUCUCGAACAAUGGAAGGCAUUUGAGGAUUGGAGUUCCUAACCGUAACAGGUUCGAAGAGGUUAUCUCAGUUAAGAGCAACGGGAUCAUCACUGGCUUCUGUGUUGAUGUCUUUGUUGCCGCUCUCAGCUUAUUACCUUAUGCAGUCCCGUUUGAGCUGGUAGCUUUUGGGAACGGUCAUGACAAUCCAAGUAACUCUGAGCUAGUGCGCUUGAUAACAGCUGGGGUCUAUGAUGCAGGUGUUGGUGAUAUCACUAUCAUAACAGAGAGAACCAAAAUGGCAGAUUUUACUCAGCCGUAUGUGGAGUCAGGGCUAGUGGUGGUGGCUCCUGUUCGAAAGUUGGGUUCCAGUGCUAUGGCGUUCUUGAGGCCGUUCACUCCCCAGAUGUGGCUUAUUGCAGCUGCCUCUUUCCUUAUAGUCGGUGCUGUCAUUUGGUUUCUGGAGCACAAACAGAACGAUGAAUUUCGAGGCCCUCCUCGUAGACAAGUCAUGACUACUUUCUGGUUCAGCUUUUCAACUCUUUUCUUCUCACAUAGAGAGACAACCAUCACAAACCUUGGACGAAUAGUGCUGCUAAUAUGGCUAUUCGUAGUUCUCAUAAUCAACUCAAGUUAUACAGCGAGCCUCACGUCAAUCCUCACAGUUCAUCAGCUGUCUUCGCCAAUCAAGGGCAUAGAAACUUUGGAAACGAAUAAUGAUCCUAUUGGGUAUCCACAAGGCUCGUUUGUCAGAGACUAUUUGGUUCACGAGCUUGGCAUCCAUGAGUCAAGACUGGUCCCUCUUCAAACUCCAGAGGAAUACGAUAAAGCCUUGAGAGAUUGGCCAGGAAAAGGUGGUGUUGCUGCUGUUGUUGAUGAACGUGCAUACAUAGAGCUUUUCCUCUCAAACCGAUGCGAGUUCGGCAUAGUUGGUCAAGAGUUCACAAAAAACGGAUGGGGAUUUGCAUUCCCACGUAACUCACCUUUGGCGGUUGACGUUUCAACGGCGAUUUUGCAGCUAUCAGAAAAUGGAGACUUGCAGAGAAUUCGAGACAAAUGGUUGCUAAGGAAAGCUUGUUCCUUGCAAGGCGCAGAGAUAGAAGUGGACAGGUUGGAGCUUAAGAGCUUUUGGGGAUUGUUUGUGGCGUGUGGACUUGCAUGCGUUCUUGCUCUUGCAGUGUAUAUAGUGUUGAUGAUACGUCAGUUCGGACGACGCUGUCCUGAAGAAGCAGAUGGUGCGAUAAGGAGAAGAAGCUCACCGUCCGCACGUAUCCACUCCUUUCUCUCCUUUGUGAAAGAGAAAGAAGAAGACGCCAAGGCUCGGUCUUCUAGGGAAAGGCAGCUUGAAACUAUCUGA